UGGAGAUCCCGAUCACCAAGUCUCUCACUUCAUGCCGCCCACUUCUGCCACGAUCGAUCCUCCCUUCCUGGCAUCACCCCCCAUCGUCCCGCACGACGUAGAUGCCAUUGCUCACGGUCGGAUGGGCGCCGGGAUGCCUUGCACCGGCGGACAACGCCCCGAUGCCGCCGUCACCGCUGCCGUCGCUACUGUUGCCACCUUCGUCGCCAUGGCCCAACCAACAGCUAUCCUCAUCGCACUCGUCCUCCGGCUCUUGCGCUGCUGACGCUUUAGCCGCAAUUCCCUGCGUCCCAACCGGCUCCCACACCGCCGCCGCGGGCAAGACUCUGCUGCCGGGGGUCGCCGCUCUCGCCGCCGGUGCUGCCGUCGAUGCCGCUGCUCCCGCCGCGAGCGCCUGCCCCCCGACCGUUCCCCCCGUCACCGUAGUGGGGAAACCACCAUCAACGGUCGUCGCUCCUGCCGCAGGUGGUGGCUGAGGACGAACCCACUGCUGCUGCUCCCGCUGUUGCCGCCACCGCCGUUGUAGUCCCCCCUGACCGUGGCCACCAUGACCGGACCCAAGCCCACCAACCGUCACCGCUGCCGCCGGUGCCGCCUGCGUUUUGCCCAAUUCCUUCAUCAUGACGUUGUUGGCGUAUGCCGUGCGAACAACGUUUUCCACCUUCGCUCGGGAAAUGGUGGGGUCGGCCAGGAUGGACUUGCGUUCGAUAUCGUACUCGUGCACAAGCUGGCGGAAAAUUGUUUGCAANCGCCCACAGUCAUAGAGUCCCCCAGAUCCCCACGUCGGGAAGUUAGGAGGCGGGUAUUUNUGUUGACGAUACCGUCGACUCUGGCGAAGAAAAGCUUCGGGUUUUCGCCAGGGGACAUCUCAACAGUCUCCAACUGUCGCUCAAGCAGUCUCUGCUCAGCAUCAGUAGUGGGCAAAGACCAUUCACGGAUAGCGGUCCACGCCUCCGGCACGCAGCUACACGCAAACAGCGUUUCUUCGAUGUCCGAACCGCUAGUUGAUUCCACAAGGUACCCCCACGCCCGCAAGUGUGCUGUCACCAGCGGCGCUCCAUGAAUGCGGUUUGGGUAGUUGCGAUCCGGACAGCCGAUGAUGUGGACGUAGCCAGUAGGGGGUUGGUGAUCAAGGGUUUGCCCCAGACCUUCUACAGCGAGGAAAGUCCGCAUCCUCCGUGACCAGCUCAUAAACUUCCCCGGUUCGUUCGGGUGCUUCGGCGGGUUUCGAGUGCCAAAACGACCGCUCAUCAACUGGCUACCGCCGUCUGCCAUGCUCACCGUUUGAUACCCGGGUCCUGAUCCUCCACCAGAGGGCUCUGUACGCGCCGCGUCUGCAGCUGCACGCGUCGCAUCUGCAGCAGUGGCCCUAUGCACAGCCGCUUCUUUCUUCCAUUCUUCCUCCACCUCUUUGUGGGCCUGUUUCAGCUUUGCUAUCUCCGCCUUCGCC